GAAAAACCUCCAAAGCGAAAAGUUUGUGCAACGCUGGAUUUUUUCAUUGAAAAUUGUACAAUUUCAUCAAAAUUUGGCUCAUAAGUAAAUUUAAAUAAGUGUUUAAUGUACAGCGAAAGCGAUAUAACCAUCCAACCAGCCAGUAGGCAGUACUUCAUCCAUAUUGUCUGAAUAAUCUGGCUCGAUUGAUGCAGCUGUUAUUUUACAAAUUCGAGAACCUCUACUGGGAUAUCGUUUGAAACCUCGAAAUUUCUGCAAAUGAUGAAAGGAUCUACAACGCGAUACGCUUGAACUUUUCGGGCAUUGUGAAUUAGUUAUUUCGCUGCAUCGUAUAGGACAACAUCAUUGAAUCGAUCUUACACGCCGCGAUUGCGAUAGGAAAUCUUCGCGUCUGAUUGUGUUCAUGUUCGACGAAAGAGCGCUGCUGCUAUCAGCCGAGAAGACGACGACGACGACGACCGUGGAAAAUAGGAGUAAAAAAUCACAUUUAUGAGUCACUAACGCGUACGCAGCGAUUGUUAGCGCUAGUAGAGGUAGCAGAUUUGUAAAAAUGUCAUCGGCGACGAGUAGAGAAAACGUCGAUCUGGAGUGCUUCCUGGUCACGAAGCACUCGUGGAAGGGCAAGUACAAACGGAUUUUCUCUAUCGGUUCCUUAGGCAUCUCGACAUACAAUCCGGAAAAGUUUGACCUGACCAACCGUUGGCAGUACAACGAAGUAGUCAGCGUGCUGCCAAACAAAUCAGGAAACACUUCUAACGAGUUUGUGCUGAAUUUGCGGAAGGAUAAAAAGGUUGACACUAUCAGACUGUCCUCAGAGUAUCGGAAUGAAAUUCUCACCUCACUUCUUAAGUACUACAAAGACUUUUCUGAAAAACCAAAGCAGAUUCUGGAUGAUGUAGAAUAUCCUACUGAGUCCUUUCAAAGUUCAAGUUCCUCGUCUUUGAACUCUGCUACCAAUUCCGGUGCAUUGGCUUCGACCCCUUCGUGGGAAUCUAGUGUUAGGCUAAAUAGUUGGAUUAGGAUUCUGGUGUCAACGCUGCUACUGCAACCAAGCGUUAGCAAAUGCUUGCCAACUUAUGAGCCCGAGUCUCAAAAAUUUGACGCCUUCAAACAUCAUUGGUCGGGCACUACACUGCCGGCUGUGUUGGAAGUCACUCCUAGUUCGCUAGACCAACUUGAUCCCACUACCAACACGGUGCUUGCCAGCUACAACUACAAAGAUAUCGAUAACAUUGUGGGCAUCCAGGACUACAAGGAUGGUAUUGUCAUCGCCUAUGGUGGGCACAAGCGAUUGCACUUGUUCCGGGUUGCCAACCAUAUCGAUGUGGUGCAGAUGUUGGUCAAUAAUGCGCAGCAGUACGUGGGUGUUGACGUUAAGGUUUCGAAGAAUCAAAUCACUUUGGAUCAAUUCGAACGGGAAAGAUUCGGCGCGUUCAGUGGUGAUCAACACCAAACUUCGUUGUCGGAGUUUAUCGUUCAGAAAAUCACUCCACGUCAUUCAGAGCCCAUGCGACGGAUAUUGUGCUUGACGGACACAACCAUCUUGGAGCGAGAUCCUCAAACCUACAGUGUGUGUACUCUACGCCCGUUAGAAGACAUAUUCGCACUAAUACGCUGCGAUGAUAAUAUUCAAAAAUUCUCCAUUGAGUAUAAGAAUGGUCUGACGAGAUCCUAUUUGACCAAUGAUCGGGAUUCAUUGUUGGCCACACUCCUGGAUGCGGUUCGUUCAUGUGGGAAUCAAGACGUGCACGUGCGUAUAUCGAAAACUCCACGUGGCAAACGAGUUGGUCCUCUGACGGCAUGCGUUGACGAAGAAACCGAGGCGAAUUUAUUGCGCUACAUCAUCAGCUGCUAUCAGUAUCCAGUGAAAAGGUUCGACGUGUUGGAACGAUUCAACGCAAACAUUCCAUACAGUGGACUCAAUUACAGUGUAACUCAGGAUAGUUUAUUUUCAGAAAAUAAGGAACGCAUGAUAACUGCAGCACUGCAAGCAUUAAUUGGCGGGGGACCAAAGGAAGAUAUGAACCAGCUAAACAAUAUUGAGCUGGAAGCUUCGUUUCAUGUUCUCCGCCGAUUGUUGGCCAGUAAAGUGGGCUUUGCUGCGUUCACUAACCAGCAAGGGUUUCGCGAAUCCAUUGGACUGCGUGUUGUCCACGCCCUUAAAAGAAAUAAUCUUGCUGUGACUUAUGCUGCUAUCGACAUGAUAAAUGCGCUCAUGCACCCGAUGCAUGCGGAAUACGAUCUAAAGCAAGAGCAACUGAACAAAUCAUCUUUACUGCAUUCGAAAAGUUUUCUGGAACAAUUGCUUGAUAUGUGGACGAAGCAUGUCAACUUAGGAUCAGGAGCGCUCGUACUAUCGGCCAUGUUGGACUUUCUUACUUUCGCACUGUGUGUACCCUACAGCGAGACAACAGAUGGAAAACAAUUCGAUAUGUUGCUAGAAAUGGUGGCAACACGAGGGCGUACGCUGUACAAGUUAUUCCAGCAUCCGUCACUUGCUAUCGUUAAGGGAAGUGGGCUGGUGAUGAGAGCGCUGAUCGAGGAAGGUGAUACGGCAAUAUCAAACCAAAUGCAAACUCUCGCAUUAGAUGAGGCUGCUUUAUGCCAUCAUCUGCUGGUAGCAUUGUACACUCCGGCACAUGACUCUACGAUGGUAACACAUCGGCAGUUGUCGAGGCACUUGGUGGGUUUGUGGAUAACAGAUCACAAGGAUGCGAUGUGUUUGCUCAAAAGAGUGUUUCCUGCAGGAUUGCUUUCGUUUAUGGAAAGCGAAGAUCCCGUACCAAAGGAAGAUACUGAAGAAGAUAAAUUAAAUUUUCGCGAUAACCUUAAACUAGCAGUGCAGCAUUCCAGUAGAAACAAGCGACUGAAUUAUCUCAUUGAAAAACAUCUGGAAGGUAUCAAACAUUGGGGUCUAAAUUUGAUGGAUCGACAGGAAAAAGUUCAGCAAACUAUGAAAAAUCGCCCGAUCGUACUGCGGAACCGACGACAGAAGAAAAAAGUCGGCGAUGAGGUGGUAAACUUGCCAUUGUUCUUCUAUCAGUUCAACAAAGAUCACGCGAUGCCCAAUCUGAUUUGGAAUCAUAAAACUCGAGAGGAGCUGCGAGCAUCGCUGGAAAAUGAGAUCCGCCAAUUCAAUGCGGACAAGGAUCUGGCCGGCAGUAUGCUUGUCGCUUGGAAUUACGAAGAAUUCGAGGUUCAUUAUCAAUGUUUGGCUGACGAGAUCAAAAUCGGUGAUUACUAUAUCCGGUUGCUGUUGGAGCGAGAUGAUUGGCCACAGAAUUUGGUGAAAAAUCCCAUCGAGCUGUUCAAUGCGCUCUAUCGAAGGGUGUUGUGUCGAAAUAGACUGAAUGACGAUCAGCUUACGGUCACAUCGCUGCAAGCGCUAGCCAAAGUUUACAAAAGGUAUUACGAGGAAAUAGGCUAUUUUAGCGAUAUGCCGUACAUUCUACAGAUGUUAGAUCGAUGUCUAUCGCCAGCACUACGAGAUGCUUUAAUAAUUCUGAUAAAGAACCUAGUUCUCCAUAAAUCCAACUGCCGUCCAUUGGUGGAUCAUGUCAAUUGCUUGGUGGACCUGGUUACGCUCGCACAUUUGCACACGGGACGUGCAAUGCCAAACACCAAAACCAACGUAAUCGAGGCAGGUCCGAACAUGAAGAUGCACGAGGAAAAAGAUUGGUACUACAACGUGGAGCGUGAGAAUGAAAAACCGGAACGUUGUGGCCCAGUCACUUUCUCCGAACUGAAAGAUCUUUGGAACAAAGGGGUCCUCACGCCCAGAACACGCUGCUGGGCCGUUGGAAUGGAUGGAUGGCGUUCUCUACAGCAGAUACCCCAACUCAAGUGGUGUUUGAUGGCCAAAGGCUCACCGCUUUUCAACGAGACGGAACUUGCACAGCAUGUUCUGGAUAUUCUAAUCAAAUGCACGAGUUUCUUUCCAAGUCGAGCAAGGGAUGGGGAAGCAGUGCUCAUUCCGGGUCCUCGAUUGUCUCGCAAACUGUCCGAAUUUAUCUGCUUGCCCCAUAUUGUGCAAGUUUGUUUGACGCAUGAUCCAGGUUUGCUGGAACGAGUUGCGACGCUGUUGUGUCAGAUAAUGGAUGACAAUCCGGAAAUGUCCAAAGUGUAUCUAACUGGAGUAUUCUAUUUCAUGCUUAUGUAUACGGGUAGCAAUAUACUUCCCAUUGCUAAAUUCCUCAAGAUGACUCACAUGAAACAAGCCUUUCGCAGCGAAGAAACCACUUCUCAAUCCGGCAUCAUGCAUCGUAGUAUUCUCGGACAACUGUUACCGGAAGCAAUGGUGUGCUUUUUAGAGAAUCACAGCUCCGAGAAAUUUGCCGAAACCUUCCUUGGGGAGUUUGACACGCCGGAAGUAAUCUGGAGCUCGGAAAUGCGGCGAAUGCUAAUUGAAAAGAUUUCUGCUCAUAUUGCCGAUUUUACACCGAAACUGAAAGGUCACACCAUGGCUCGGUACCCGUACCUGGCGAUUCCAGUCAUCAGCUAUCCACAGUUGGAGAACGAACUGUUUUGUCACAUAUUUUAUUUGCGACAUCUAUGUGACAUUCGCAAAUUUCCCAAUUGGCCUAUUCCUGAUCCGGUUCAAUUGUUGAAGCACACCUUGGAUGCGUGGCGAAAGGAGGUGGAAAAGAAACCCUCUCAGAUGACCGUUACACAGGCCUACGAAGACCUGGGGAUUGAUUUGGUAAAGUUUCCGCAACCCGACGAGUCAGUUGUACGAAAAAGUUAUUACCGAUUGGCUCAGAUAUACCAUCCGGAUAAGAAUCCGAAAGGAAGGGAAAAAUUUGAACGCGUCAAUCGUGCCUAUGAAUUCCUGUGCUCGCGACGAGGCAAUACAGAUGGUCCCAAUCCGGGCAACAUUGUGUUGAUCCUGCGGACACAAAGUAUUCUGUUCGAUCGGUAUGCGGACGUGCUGCGGCCAUACAAAUACGCCGGCUAUCCUCAGCUUAUCAAAACUAUUCGUUUGGAAACCAAGGAUGAACAGCUGUUCUCCAAAACAGUCCCACUACUUAGCGCUGCGUCCGAGCUGUGUUAUCACACGGUGCACUGCUCUGCGUUAAAUGCGGAAGAACUUCGACGAGAGGAGGGCAUAGAAGCUCUUUUAGAAGCAUAUUCUCGGUGUGUUUCGAUCAUGGGAGUCGACUCACUGCGAGACUCUCUUCACUAUGAAGUCAUAUCGAACAUCACGCGCUGCUUCGAAGUGGCAUGUAGUUUUGAGAACUGCCGAAAGAAGAUUCUAGAGUUGCCACAAUUGAUUGUGGACGUUUGCCGUGUGGUCUACUUCAAGCAUUCACUUUCUGUAAGCCUCGUGACAAGUCUGGCUGCCAACAACUAUGAUCUUCAGUGUAAUCUCGUACGGAACGGCGUAUUAUGGUCUUUGAUGAUCUUCAUGUUUGAUUACGAUUAUACAUUAGACGAGAGUGGUGUGUCCACAGAAGAGCAGUCGAACAAUCAACAAGUUUCGAACAAUCUAGCGAAAUUAUCCCUUUUGGCCUGUGUAGCUCUUGCCGGGUACCAAAUGACACUUUUGGAUGAUCCCAAAAAUGCUGUUGUGAAAUCUGCACCUAAAUCAAAUCCCACCUCACGGAGUGACUCACCUCAGCAACAAGUAGCAAUCAGAAGCAAUUCUCUAACCCAAUCACAAACUUACUCCCAAAACGCGUCCAAUCUCAUACAAAACAAUUCUAGUUUAAUUCAAACGGCCGCUAUUAUCGAUCGCACGUUGCAAGACAAGCCGGAAUCUCAGCCAGUAGAAUCUUCGGUUGCAGAACAGUCGGAAUGCGAGAAGGGGUUGAGCAAUAAGAAAUACAAAAUACAGGCGGCUGCUCCAGCGAACGCGGUGGUCAAGAAAAUGCUUGAUCAACUGUUGACAACCUACGUGGCGAACAGGAUGGUUUCCGAUAAAGAAACGGAAGUUUUGAAGCUUCUGAAUUCCAACACCCGAAAUCCGUAUCUAAUCUGGGACAAUGGAACGAGGGCACAACUGUUGGAUUUCCUGGAGUAUCAACGUACCAACGCAUCUAAAGAGCAGUACGAAGACGUAGCCGAUAUCCAUGAACUUGUAAAUGCGUUCUCUUUCGAUGCGCACAGGGACGAGCUGAAGAUUGGGGGCAUCUUUAUCCGUAUCUACAACGAAAUGCCUACGUUCCCUAUUACUAAUCCCAAAUCGUUCGUCAUAGAUCUGCUGGAGUUCCUCAAACAGGCUUACAACCAUCUAACCGCCAAAACUGUCAAACCACUACCACCUCCCCCAGGUGGUAACAACGUCAACAGUCAAGGUAUUCUCAUUCCCACUAAAACAUGGAAACCUCUCGUUCCAACCAAGAGCAAUCCAGUGAACAGUAAUAUCAUCAACAAUAAUACAAAUACAGGUGGUCCCCAGCAGAAGCAACAGGACAUCAGCACCGUACUGAGUGAGUACAGUCGCGCAAGACAACGAAAUCAGCUGAAUACUGCGGGAUCGAUGUCCUCGGAGAAUGCAUCAAAAACGUACGAUUUUGCAUCGAACCCAAAUGCGAUCAAUCACAUAGUGAUGGCCAUGAAAGCCCUCAUCUCGGUCAUAAAGUCGAACACUAAUGUGGAAAUGCAGUGCAUUGGGCACUUUGAAAUGUUGUUCGGGUUCCUCUCGUCCAGUUUGUGUGAUCGUGACAAAAUACUCAAAACGCUGGCGCUAGAAAUCGUGUGUCUGGUGUCCCGAAAUAAGGAAUGCGUAACUGAGAUCUCGGCCUGCGAAAUAUUUGGCCUUUAUUUGAUUGCCUUGAAGGAUAAGGAUCUACGCGACAUGCAACUGAAAGUGUUGGAGACGCUAUCCGGUCUACUGAACGUUCCCAAGAUGAUCAAAGAGGGGCACUCGAAAGGGGCUGUUAUAUAUUUGCUAGAUCUAUUUAGCAAUUCAAACAAUCCUCAGAUCCGAGAAAGUUGCGCGGAGUUGCUAUCGAAGAUGAACGCUGACAAGCUUAGCGGACCCAAGAUUCGCAUUACCGUUUGUAAAUAUUUGCCAUCAGUAUUUCUGGACGCGAUGAUCGAUUCCCCAUCGGUAGCCGUUCAAAUGUUCGAAUCUACCCACGAACACCCGGAGCUGAUCUGGAACGACCGAAUACGAACCAGUGUAUCGGAUGCAGUGCAUGACAGUGCGGAUAGUUUCUUCGUACAACAGAAACAGAAUCCGAAAAAUCUAUGGCGAGACCCGGAGGUUCUGCCGGAUAUUUGUUCCAGUGAGUUGGUGGUUUCGGGGGUUUACCUAAGGCUGUACAUUUCCAAUCCAGGCUGGACUCUACGUAAGCCGAAACAGUUUCUGGCCGAUCUGUUGGAUUUCAUAGUGGACAACAUCAGUCGGAAUGGUGUUGAUAAAAAUAUACUGGAUAUCUCAACGACUGCUCUAGUCUUAUUGUUGAAUGCCCAACCGAACCUGGCAGACUCGGUUCCGGUUCUGGGUCAUAUACCUAAGUUUUUCCGUCAAUUAUCGGUUCAACCGAAAAGUGCUCUCACCGUGCUGCAUCAGUUGUCACUCUCAGAGAUUUGCGUUAGCUCUAUUUCUCAAACAGAUUGCAUUCUGGCUUUGAAGUCAUGUAUGGAAAGUCAUCGAGAGCUUGUGGCCACAGCAUGUGAAACGUUAAGUAGGCUCUUCAAGUGUCAACAUGAUUCACUCAUCCGGCAAUCACUGGAGUGUCAAUUGAUCCCCUAUUUGUUAAGUUUGCUGGAGAGUCGAAUUGAAGCUACCACAAAUCCGGCAAUGGUGAAGGCACAAAUUGUGGCUGCACUAAAAGCCAUGACAUCAAACCUAACCUACGGAGAUCGCGUGGCUCACAUACUGAAUCAAAAUCCAGUGUGGGCAGAGUAUCGAGACCAAAAACACGAUCUGUUUAUCACCGAUACUAAUAUCAGAGGCUAUCUCACAGGAGCCCCUAACACCACAGCUGGCUAUUUGACCCAGGGUCCUGCCAAGAACGUAGAAGUGCUAACUUCACCACCACCGAUUGAUCGCGAUGAUCCCUUGUUUUCGCGUAGUAGUAGCAACGAUUCGUAAGUACUACGCCAAACAGUAAACGCAAAUGCACAUUUUGCCACCAGAACAUGCGACCAGAACAAUUUAUUCGUAACAUUUUCCACACACAUAAACAAAAACUUCGAACCAGGGUCGCCAUUUCGUCUAAUUAGUUUAUAAUCCUGAAAAAUGAACUGAUAAACAUAAUGGCUAGUUAGCAUUCAAAAAUGGAGUACUAAAAAGGUAUAAUAGAAGUGACAUAUGCAUUACUAUUCGGUUAAAAGAGCAAUGGCUUGUAAUAUAUCACCAUAAAAAAAUAGCUUAUAAAGUUUAACUAUAAACUAUAUGAAUAAGAUAAUGGAUUUUUAAUAUAUUGUGAUAUUUUUAAAAUGUAAUUUAUAUAUUGAAGUCAUAAUAACUUCAAAUGGAAUAAAAAGAAGAAUAAACUAAA